AUGGAGAUUGGAGAUUUCGGACCUGUCGGGAUCAACAAUUACAGCAACUGGUUCAUCGCCUCGAGUACUUGGCACCAGAUCAGACAGCGUAAGGAAAAUCUGCAAUGGAGUAAGCUUGUGUGGUUCUCGCAAGGAGUUCCCCGCUACGCUUUCAUUACCUGGCUAGCUUUCCGUGACAGACUGGCUACAGGCCAUCGAACUAGUAGAUGGGACCAACCACAAUGUUGCUUGUUUUGUGGUGAACCGGAUGAGACCAGGGAGCAUUUGUUUUUCGCAUGUCCUUAUACCUACACGUUGUGGCUGAAAGUUAUGGGUAAUUUGUUUGGAGAUGAGCCAGACCUGGACUGGGAUAUCACAGUUUCGAGCUUGCUCACACGGAGGUAUGAUCGCAUCACUUUCAUCUUGUUGCGACUGGUUCUGCAAGUCACUAUAUACUCAGUCUGGAGGGAGAGGAAUGAUCGACGGCAUAACAGCACUGCAAAGUCUGUGGACCAGUUGGGUCGGAUCAUCGACAAAACAAUGAGAAGCUGCAUAAUGUCAACGAAGUACUACUUGAAACCGAAACUGCAGGGGCUGAUGCAACGUUGGUUUACGGCUCAUAUGCCUUAA